UAAUUUCCACAUAUGUCUCGGAUGGACCGACUGCUGCACAGCGGGAAAACUUUUCCUGUGGGGCGGAGAACACAACGGAUUAAAUCCGCUAAUUUUGUCGGAUUUUUACGCUGUAUAUAAACGACUAGGUUAUAUUUUACAGAGCUUUAUAGUGAAGAAUUUGAAAACAAAUGAGAAUGUUAUAGUCUACUGGCGGAUUAAAACAAACUUUGGUCAAUGUAAGAUCGGCUCGAGUGAAACUGGACAAAUUGACCGUUUUUCUACAUUUAGAAAUAAAGAAUUGCCGUGGGAGGGUGACAUCUGUAGCCCUGGACCCCUGGAGCAAGGAGGAAUGAAGUAUCAGACCAGCAGCCCCAGACACUGCAGAGUUUGACCCAGGAUGGAGCUGAAGGUAUGGGUCGAUGGAGUUCAGCGUGUGGUCUGUGGUGUCACAGAGGCUACCACCUGCCAGGAAGUGGUCAUUGCUCUGGCUCAAGCCAUUGGUCGCACGGGGCGCUACACACUGAUCGAAAAAUGGAGGGACACUGAACGACAUCUUGGUCCUCAUGAGAGCCCGGUCGCCUCUCUCAACACUUGGGGGCAGUAUGCCGGCGACGUGCAGUUUGUCCUGCACCGCACGGGCCCCUCUCUGAAUGAGUACCACUCAACCAAAGGUCUGAAACCUAGGGGCCCAGAGCGUGGCUUGCAUCGGCAGAGUCUUCCAUUGAUGGCCAAGCUCCGAGCUCCAGGUGAACGCCCCCUGCGCCGACUUGAGCCACGCCGCAAAUCUUUGACAUUCACGGGUGUGCCCCGUAGCCUCCGGGACAUACUUAGUGGAGGCAAACUCAGCGACAGUAACGCCAAACACAGAGUGGUUGUAGCAAACAGUGGCCACAGUACAGCGUCAAUGUCCCCUCGGUUAUCAGGCAACCGCAUGGAGGAUCUUACCCAACUGGUGAAGCUUCAAAGGGAGACCCUAACAGCUCUAGAUCGCAGGAUGGAGGCAUAUGAGGCAGAGCUUCAGAUGCUGAAUGAGAAAACAGUAGAGGAUUGCGAUCCGUAUGUGAAGGUGACAGAGGAGAUUGCAAGGUUGGAGAAGCAGGUGCGAAGGAACAAGGUGGAGAUUGAGGAGGAGGAAUUCUGGGCCACCGAGCUCCAAAUUGAGCUGGAGAGCGAGAGGCAGCUGCAGGAUCGGCUGCAGGAGUUGGGCAGUCGUCUGUGCAGUUGUGAUACAGAUUUAGAGCAGCGACUGAUGUGUCUGCAGGGUGUAGAGGCAGGACUGGAGGCUCAACGACAGCAUAAGGAGAUAAGAGAGACGCAGCAGGCCACCGAAGGUGAGGUGAAGGCAAGACGUCAGAGGGUGAAAGCAGAACUUAAGGCUCAGUCUCAGCACACGGCCCAGCUUGAGAACAGCUGUAGAGCAGUGGACCGCUCAAUUACUGAGUCAUUCAAGAGACUACAGGACAGUCAGUACGAGCUGGAACAGCUAACCAAAGAGUUGAGGCAGGUAAACCUGCAGCAGUUUAUCCAACAAACAGGGACCAAAGUCACGGUUCUACCCGUGGACCCCAGCGAUGAGGACUCCAGCAACACAACAGAUGACAAAGAUUUUGCUUCAUUAACUGGCUCAUUGAAACGACCGGGUUUGUCUCAUCUAGUGGGCAGCAUUCGUGGACUACAGAGUCCAGUAUCAUCAGCUUUAAAUCCUGAGGGCAUCUACGUUUAAGGAUGGCAAAUCCCUUCAGUAGCAGAAAUUUUAAGAUCUUCACCAAGGAAGAUUUUGGCUGAAUUUGAUCGUUUGCUUCUUCAAGAACUAGAAGACAACAGAUGCUGUACAAAUUCCAGUAUUAAGAGAGCUAUUAAAAAGCUCUCAUUUGUAAAUACAAAACUGUAUGUUUUUCCAUAUAUAACAUCUAUUUCCCAAAUAAUAGUGCAAUUAAAAUGUGACCAUAAGGUAUAUGCUGACAUAUAUGAACUAAUUUGAUAAAAUGUUCAUAUAUGACCAUAAAUCAGAUUUCUAUACACCUUCCAAACAUUUUGUCUAUACUUGAUCACCAAUCCACCACAAAGAACUGGAUAUUAUUUCAAAGACAACAUUUUUAUUUUUUAUUUUCAUAUGUAUAAUAUCAGUAUAUUAUCUACUGAAAUGGUUGUCAUUUCAAUAACUUGGGUAGAUGAAGGAAUAAUUACUUAAGAAAUAUAAGUAUAUUUUUGUAUUAUUUCAUUCAUAUUUUAGCCUCUAAAAAGAUUUUGAAUGCAUGUGCAACGUUCAAGUUUCAAGUGGAGAGACAUCAGUGUUAAGUAUCAUAAUUUCAAACCUGUAAUAUUUAGCUUUUUGUAUUGCAUGCUAUGGUUUGUUUAUUGUCUUGUUUUGUAAAACAUCUGUUUAUCAUUCUGUGUGAGUGUUUUACUAUGUUGAGCCAAAGAUGAACACAUUUUGAAUGUGCAUUAAGGUAUUGCAUGACUGCAACAAAAUAUAUUUGUAUUGCUUGCUUUAUUAUAUUUACCCCUUAUUUUUUUAUUGUUGAGAAAUGUUCAUAAACCAAUUAUGUUUCAAUUAUGGACAAAUACAUAAGUAAUAUUGCUUGGAAACUUUCACUCUAGCUACACAAUGUCAUUACCAUAUACAAUGUAAUGUAUAGUAUUGUGGUAUAUCAUUUGGCCCCCCAAAAAAAAAAUCACAGCUCUUUUGCUGUAACUAAACAUGAGUAGUGUUAUGAUCACAUCUAAAAUGGGGCUGGCAUGUUAACUCUUGUGAAUUAGAUAUUGGUAUUUCUAAUGUUGUUUGCCAAACAUUUGCUCUUAUUCCUUUGUCUUUUCCCUAAGGCUACAUUUUAUUUCUGUAGAUUGUAGAAAUAUGUUAACUUUUUUUGUUUCAGAUUGUUUCUUACAUUAUGUGCAAUUGAUUAAUGGUGUAGCUAUUUAUGUGAACUGUGUACCAUUAUUUAAAAAAAACAAAACAACAUUCAAUAGUUACUAUAUGUUUUACUCCAUAGUGCCUGAACCAGUAUUAAACCCAAUAU